CGAAGGAUGCGUAUGGUUCGGAAAGAGUGAUUAAGAAUACAAUUGACCCGAUAUCAUUUAGGAUAAAUCAAUUUCGUUCGAACUGUGUUUGUUAUACAUCGUGAAGUAUUUUAUUUUAUUAUCGACGAAGUGCCUCCAACAAAAUAAAAUCGAAAUGAUGAAACAACGAAAAAGUAAUAGAAGUAGUAAACUUGCUCGAAUGAGCGAAGAGGAACGGGCUCGUUAUAUGCAACAUCGUGCUGAAUUUGAACUAGAAGCUCGAAGGCGUAAACAACAAUUAAUUGCAACAUACAUUAAAAAUAAAUUAAUACACGAGAAAGCGUUUUCGAAAUUGAAUACUGCGAAAAUCAAUGAAACAUGGAGACUCGUUUUGAGACAAAUAAAAUGCAAAGAAAUUUAUGACAAGGUGAAACAUCUUUCCGAAUCCUUCGAUAGAAUUAUAAAUUUAAAGGACAGAACAAUUUGCCAAUUGCAAAGGGAAUUGGAAGUAACGGAUCAAGAUCACAGAAAACUGCAAGAAGCUCAUAUCGAGUUGAUGAAUGAUAUAAUCGGAAAAUACAAACAAAAGUUGCAGUACUUGCACGAUAUAUUCAAAUUGAAUGAUAAUAAGUCGAAUGCAUUGGAAUUAGAAUGUUUGAAAAGUAAAAUGGAACAAGUCUAUAAGGAAAUGCAGUCUAAUUUAGUCAACAAAAUUGGAAAGUUGGAGGAAGAUAAACUUACAGCAAAGACAAGACACGUUAUUAACAUUCGUAAUAUUUUAAUUUUGGAAGAAGACGAAAUGUCGAAUCUGUUACGUAUAUCAUCUGAAAACAUAGAACAUCUUUGGGAACAAUUGAAUGGAACGCUUGUCGAAUAUGAAAGAGUUACUAUGAAUAAAAAAAAGCAGUAUGAAUAUUUAAAGAAACAAGACAGUAUCUAUCAACAAUGCAUACUACAAUAUCCAAAAAUACAUUUGCAAUUGCAAAAUGCUGCUGAAAGUUUAAAAUAUAAUAUACAGAUCUUAUCGUUAAAAAGAGACGAUCGAGUUGGAAACCUUAAAAAGAAAAAUUCAUACAUGAAGAAAAGAUCAAAAGACAUGAAGCAGUGUUUUACUGCAGCUCAAGCUAUAGACUUUGUACAAUUAAAGAAACUGACUGUCUUUAGUAAUGAUGCAAUAAAGGUUACACAGUAUAUAUUUUUCUUCGCAAUAUGCCACAAUAUUCAAAUUAUACGUUCUAUAAUUUUAUUUUUAGAAUUUGCGGAAGAGUGAGCAAAGAAGUUCUAACAUUCUCGAAAUAAUGAAAAUAUGCUCUAAUUUGGAAUCAUUUCUCGUUAAUUUUAGGAAUUAUUUCAUAGAAGGCGAGGAUCCUAAUUCGCAUGAAAAAAUUGAUAAAUUUUGGGAAAAGUAUAAUGACGCGGCAGCGAACAAUAUUUUUCUAAGGAAGAAAUGCAAAAAACUUAGUGUAGAAAACAGAAGGUUAAGAUACAAGUUACAAGCCCACGUUGUAACAAUUUCUGGAGUACCUGAAAUAUAUUUAAAUGCUUCAACUUCGGUUUGAGAAAUGUUUUUAUACUGACAAAUACAUUAGAAUAUAAAAUAUUUCAUACAAUAUUA